CCGCAAGUAGAAAAAACUACUUCUCGCGAGACCGGACUAACCAGCGACGAGCGAUAGUGCUUUUUUGGUUUGAACUCUCGCGGUGUUUUAGAGGCAAAAAAAAUGGGACGACGAGAAACUCGCGAGACUUCGCUAGGAGGCCGCUACCUGUGGGAAGGAGACAGUUCUCGCGAGACUUGAGGGGGAAAAGGGGGUUACACCGCUGCCUGUGGAAACGCAAGGCGGCCGUUUCUUGCUGGGGGGAUUACUCCUAUUUCUUCCCGCCGAAAUCCCGCGAGAUUCGUUCCCCCCUCCCGUGACUGGAAGAGCCCUAUGCUGUGACAAGCCGGACCGAGUCCUUCGUGAGGCGGAAAAAGUAGUGUACGGAGAAGUGAGGCGGAGGAGGCCGCACCGUGCUGACAGCCGGGACAAGACAGGAAGCCUUCUUCAGUCAUCGUCUCUGUCAGGGGGGAGACCCUGGUGCCUGUGUGGAGGACCCCCGCUGCCAUUGGACUCUGUGGGAAGCUUUGUGAUACCCUCCCCUUCCAAUCCAUGAGAGGAAAGAUGGCAGCCCACCAUGGUGUAGGGACCCUCUAAGAGAGCAGAACAGAUUUCUUCGGACUAGUGACCACCCCCGCCCGUUUAUCCGCCAUCGCCCCCUCCCCUAUUACGUAGAUAUCCGUACAACACUACACAAUGGACUCCUAUGGGACUACGCUAACCUUCCAGAACCUGUGAACGUCUUAAGACAGUGACUAAGGAGUACGUCAAGGCUGGGUGACCCCGCUGCGCCUCCUUCACGUACAGGGACCAGGAGCUUCCUAAGUGGCGGCAGACCUUGUUAUAUGGAGGGAGGGUAGUCCUGUUCUCCUCAUAUCGCGUGUUGGUGACGCCAUACGUCUAUGCCGAAGCAGUGACACGUAUGUGAAUGACGGCAGGAAGCAGGUGAAGAGGGACCUUGUUGUCUCAGACCUUGGCGGAGCUUGGCCCAAGAGGACUUAUUGUAUUUAUUUUUGAGGGGUUCACCCCUCCCCCCUCUCCCCUGUCCCUCCCCCCACCCUUUUUUUAUUUUUCGGCAGAGGAAUGCCAAACCCGGUGCGGCAUGGGAACAAGAAGGAUAGCGGAGGGUCUGCAUCUAACAUGCCACAAAGCAGCGGGAGCAGCAAUAACAAAGAGCGUCAGCGCAUGGGCUCCAAACACAAGCGACACAAGUCCAAGCAUCUCAAAGAUUCUCCGGUAGCCCUCGAGCCUCUGGUCCCCACCACGCUCAAGCUGGUGGAGUACGAUGACAUCAGCUCUGACUCCGACACCUUCUCGGACGACGUCUCUUCCAAGCCUGAGAAAAGAGAUAGCGAUGAGAGGCGAGGCUCUGAGAAGAGUGAUAAGUCGCACAAGUCGCGGCACCGCCAUCAGCACAAGAAGGUUAAGGAGUCCACCAAGGGCAAGCAACUGGAAAGGGAACGGAAACCUGAGAAGAGUCAAGAAACGAUGGUCAGCAAGGUGCCCAGCUCGAAAGAGAGGACCGUGACCAAAAGAGUGGUUGAGGACCAGGAGGAGCAUGGACGCAGCUCUAAGUCCUCCAACAAAGAGGUCAGGCUGUCAAAGAUUCAUCGAGAAAAAGCACGUCGGGAGAGGGAGCUUAAAUCUGGACAAAAGGAUCGGGCGAAAGGCCACCGCAAAAGGGACUCUUCUAAACGUUACAAAACUUCUGACAGCCCCAAGAGGAAAGGACGAAGUCCGCGUAGAAAAUAUGGCGGCAGUCCAAAGCAGGAUGACAGUCAAUCUGAUGCAUCAGGCGGGCAGGACUACGAUGGAAGCCCACCUCGCUCACAUGCCUCCAGUAACUACGUGGAUACAUACAAGAAAGGCUUAGAGAGUCCCAACUACAAAGAGCCCUCUGCUUAUCAGACUAAUACCCGUUCCCCUAGCCCCUACAGCAGGAGGCAGCGCUCUGUGAGCCCCUACAGGAGGAGAUCUUCUAGCUAUGAAAGAGGAAGCGGCUCCUACAGUGGGAGAUCCCCGAGUCCGUAUGGGCGCAGGCGGUCCAGUAGCCCUUUUGUGUCCAAGCGCUCAGUGAGCCGGAGUCCUUUGCCCAGAAAAUCUGUGAAAUCACGAAGCAGGAGUCCCAUAUACUCAAGGAAGUCAUCAUCUUCUCGAAAGAAGCAGAAGUCUCAGUCGCGAAGCCGCCAUUCCAGUAUUUCACCUGCACGAUUGCCGUUAAACUCCAGUCUUGGUGCAGAGCUUAGUCGGAAGAAGAAGGAGCGAGCAUUAGCUGCCGCAGCAGCAGGUAGAGAUCCCAGGGGCAGUCCGUUAAUAAAGAGAGAGACUGGGGAUGGGAAAGGACUCUCCAUAGUGGAUGCCAAAAAGAUAACCAAAACUCUUAAAAUAGACAAAUCUGUUUCUGAUACAGAAUUAACAGUUACAGCAAAUGCAGACAAGACAAUAUCUAGUUCCAUUAAGACAGAGGAGGUGGAAAAGAAACCCUUGAUAUCAACCAAGGAUACAAAAACUCAAGUAGUAAAAGAAAACAAAUGUACCCCCAUUAAAGAGGAAGUCUUAACGCCAACAGAGGGAGUGACAGAAAAAGAAAAGGAAAAAGAUGUUCCUCCUCUGCCUACUUUGAAAUCCCCAAAGCCUCCUUUACCCACGUGUUCACCACCUCCUCCACUCCCACCUCUUCCUCCUUCACCUGUUGUUCCGCAGCAGCCUCCCCCACCUUUACCUCCACCACCCUCCUCCUUGACAUUCCUGCAGCUCCCUACUGUGGCUACUUCAGUGGCUCCCACCAGUCAAACUCGGGCAUCAACUAUAACCCCUCAGGCCAAUUCCCAGCCAUCGUCAUUGUCCACAUCUAAACUACAGCUACCUGCUAACUUUAUCCCUCACUUGAAAACCUCUACGCUUCCUCCAUUGCCGCUCCCACCAUUAUUACCAGGAGAAGAUGACAUUGAAAGUCCCAUGGAAAUUAUCCCCUCCAAACCUGUCAAGAGGAAUAAAGAGCAAAGGCCUCGACAUCUUCUCACCGAUCUCCCAUUGCCUCCUGAAUUACCAGGAGGGGAUCCAUCUCCUCCAGAAUCUCCAGAGCCAAAAGUGGUAACACCAUCUCAGCAACCACUAAGGAAGAGACCAAAAAUUUGCUGCCCCCGUUAUGGCGAGAGGAAACAAAAAGAAAUCGAUUGGGGUAAGCGCUGUGUAGACAAGUUUGACAUUAUUGGCAUCAUUGGAGAAGGAACGUAUGGACAAGUAUACAAAGCCAAGGAUAAGGACACUGGAGAGCUUGUUGCCUUAAAGAAAGUGCGUCUGGAUAAUGAGAAGGAAGGCUUUCCCAUAACUGCAAUCCGAGAGAUUAAAAUUCUUCGACAGCUCAUCCAUAGAAGUGUUGUGAACAUGAAGGAGAUAGUUACGGAUAAGCAGGAUGCCCUGGACUUUAAGAAAGACAAAGGUGCCUUUUACUUGGUCUUUGAAUACAUGGAUCAUGAUCUCAUGGGGCUCCUAGAAUCUGGUUUGGUACAGUUCUCUGAAGACCAUAUAAAAUCUUUUAUGAAACAACUAAUGGAAGGACUUGAUUAUUGUCACAAGAAAAAUUUCCUGCACAGAGACAUCAAGUGCUCCAACAUCUUAUUGAAUAACAGCGGACAGAUCAAGUUGGCUGAUUUUGGACUGGCACGGUUAUAUAAUUCAGAAGAAAGCCUACAGUCUACAGUUCAGAGAGGUCUACCGUCCCUCCUCAGUCUCCAGUUAGAGCAGUUCAGACUCCACUCCCUAACAUCUGGUUUACCAGACUUUUUAAUUACGGUUUCUGCAGUUUGCCGGACGGAGGGUCACUUUCAGUUUUUGGCGCUGCCCUUCGAGCUGGCCACAGCCCCCAGGGUCUUUACCAAGGUCCUGGCAGCUGUCAUUGCCAUUCUCCGCUCUCGAGGGGUGUCUGUCCUCCCUUACCUGGACGAUCUGCUUAUCAAGGCUCCGUCCCUGGCCCAAAACAAAGAGUCUCCACAUCACUCUGCAGACUCUGACCAGUUUCGGGUGGCUGAUCAACAAGAAAAAAUCCAAUCUUUCUCCCUCCCAGUCUCUGGUUUUUCUGGGACUUCGGUUCGAUACCGGGACGGCCCGGGUGUUUCUCCCUCCGGACAAGCAAAGUGUUCUUCUGUCAGAUCUCCCCUGUCCUUGGAUCGUCGGCUCAGUCUGCCCACCUCAAACCGCCAGUCGCUUCUUUGGUGGCUCCGCUCUCCUCCUGAGUGGUCACUCGUUCCUUCCACUGAACUGACUGGCCCUGACUACAGACGCGAGUCUCCGCAGUUGGGAGGGCGUUCUUCUGGACCGGACGGUCCAGGGCAGGAAUCCGGUCUUCCCAUCAAUGUCUUAGAAAUCCAGGCCAUCUUCCUUUAUCUCCGGCACUGGGAGUCACUUCUCCGUGGCCGCCCGGUCCGCAUUCAGACGGACAACUCCACGGCCGUGGCGUAUGUCAUCCGCCAAGGGGGCACUCGCAGCCGCUCUGCCAUGGCCGAGGUGUCCAAGAUCUUGAUCUGGGCGGAGCGCCUGGUUCCCUCCAUAUCAGCGAUCCACAUCCCAGGGGUGGAAAAAUGGGAAACGGACUUUCUAAGUCUCUCCUCUCCUGACCCCGGGGAGUGGUCUCUUCACCCAGAGGUGUUGAAGUCCAUUUGCCAUCACUUGGGGAUUCCGGACGUGUACCUCUUUGCGUCCCGCCUGAACCAAAAGGUUCCGGCCUUCGUGGCAAAGUCCCGAGAUCCUCUGGCACUGGUCGCGGACGCUCUCGUCAUUCCCUGGUCUCGGUUCACGCUCCCUUAUCUGUUUCCGCCACUUCCUCUUCUGCCCAGUGUGCUGAGGAAACUCAAGACUGAAGGCGUCUCGGCCAUUCUGGUGGCUCCGGAUUGGCCCCGCCGCUCUUUGCACGCCGACUCAGACCUUGAAAUGCGUUUGGCUAUUAGUUCUCUCAAGAGUCAAGUGUCGGUGCGGUCUAUUCUUUUUCAGCGGCUUCUGGCUUCUAAUUCUUCUGUUCGCACCUUCCUUCAGGGGGUAGCUCAUGAGAUUCCUCCUUACAGGUCUCCUACUCCCCAUUGGUACUUGAAUUUGGUCCUAAGCGAUUUGCAGUCCGCUCCUUUCGAGCCUAUCCUUCGUUUCCUUUCUUGGAAGGUGUCCUUCCUGGUUGGCGUGACCUCCAUCCGGCGGGUGUCGGAAUUGGCAGCUCUCUCCUGUCAACCCCCCUUCCUGAUUCUUCAUCAGGACAAGGCUGUGCUCCGACCAGUACCUUCUUUUCAACCGAAGGUAGUUUCUUCCUUUCAUCUUAACGAGGAUAUCGUUCUUCCCUCCUUCUGCCCUGCUCCGUCUCAUCCUAAAGAGCGCUCUCUCCACAACCUGGAUGUGGUCAGGGCUUUACGGGCUUACCUUUCAGCCACCUCUCCCUUUCGAUGGUCGGAUUCGCUGUUCGUCCUUCCGGAGGGCCGACGCAAGGGUUUGCCGGCUUCUAAGGCCACCAUCUCCAGGUGGAUCCGGUCCGCCAUUUCUGAGGCGUAUCGUUCUAAGGGGAAGAAUCCCCCUUUCCGGGUUACGGCUUACUCCACUCGCUCUGUGGGGGUCUCUUGGGCGGUCUUUAACUGGGCUUCCGCUCUACAGCAGUGUGUGGUUCCUUGUGUAAAUGUAUUUUUUUUUCUAUUAUCUAUAUGCAUUUUUAAAGAUGGUGUCAAAGGAAGUAACCUUUCCCCAGCUUCUCACCCUCGUAUCCUGCCACCAGAAAAGAGACCACCUGAGCCGCCGGGUCCCCCUCCUCCGCCACCUAUUCCAGAGGGAGAUGCUGCAGAUACAAAUCCGCCGUCAACAACUGCCCUGAUUCAACUUUUCACUCAAUCUGAUGUGGAACCAGACCCCGUGAAGGGGGUUCGAGACACUCACAGACUACCCUCAGACUUUACCUGUAAAUUAUCCUCCAGGACUUACAGCUCGGAGGGCCCAGAGGAUGUAUAUAAUGUAGGGUCUGAUGACAGAGACUCAGGGCAACUCCUUGGGGAACAAUCCCCACAGUCAGUAGCUCAAAACAGAACAUUCCCAGCACAACUGGGGGAAACAAGUGGUUACCAGGGAACAGGAUCCCUGCAAUUUCCAGGGGAUCAAGACCUCAGGUUUACAAGGGUCCCUCUAGGAAUGCACUCCGGCACAGUGCCUCCAACUGGACAGACAGAGGGGAGCAGUAACAGUUCUCACCUUUACCAAGAAGCCAAAAUAUCUAAUUUCAAUGAGUUGGGGUCAGGGACUGCAGCAGGAACAAACCAGACAUGGGCGGCCCCUUCUCAGGCUUUCAGCAAGGCUUACAGAGCGCCGAACCAUGCGCCUCCAAGAGGGGGACGGGGACGAGGAGUCCCUUACUGAAAUCCACUGACAUUGCCGUGAAACCUCCAUCCUUCCGAUCUGCUUCCCAAUAGGGUGACAGAUAUAUUGUGGCUGAUUGUAGCGGCUGCACUUGUUCUAUACCCACAGAGCCUUGAAAUUUACUUGGGAUUGAAAAAAAAAAAAAAAAAAAGAGAAAAGUGGUACUGACGGAGAAUGGUCCAUUGCUGCUCCACCAAUAUGUGUUGGACACCUUGAACUUUUUUGACUUAGCUUGUUCAUCCCUUACUCAUUUUUCUAUUUUGAUGGUUCAUCAGAAAUGGCAAGUAUCCAUGUUUUAAGACGGUUAUAAAGCAGGUCGUGUAACACAGGUUAUGUGUUUUAAGUAAUCUCCUGUGCUGCUAAAGGGCUCACCAUGCGGAUUAUUAUUUUUUGCAUAUUGACCCUUAUGGCAAUGUAAGUGGCGUCGCUCAGAAAACUAAGAGAGAAGCCACAUGAAUGCAGCUGGCUGUGUAAAAACGUGUUUUGGUUAUUUUUUGUCUUUUUUUUAUUUUAUUUUUUUUCUUGUGUCAAACUGCUGGAUUUAUACAUACAACUCCUCACUGUUCUCUGAUCAGCGCCUCUGUGUUUUAGUUUUACCUCAAAUUUGGCAGAGAAUCUCCAGACCUGAGAAAACAGACUGCAGUGGGACAG